CAAACGGCCGUCUCUGACUUUUUGCUUAUGGGCUUUUCUGGGCACCCAGAGCAGCAGCUUCUCCUCUUCACUGUCUUCUUGGGAAUGUACCUGGUCACCCUGUUUGGGAAUGUGCUCAUCAUCCUGGCCAUUGGCUCUGACCGGCUCCUCCACACACCCAUGUACUUCUUCCUGGCCAACCUGUCCUUCAUUGAUACCUGCUUCACCAGCACCAUUGCCCCAAAAGUAUUGACCAACAUCCAAACUCAGCAUCACACCAUCUCCCACACUGGGUGCCUUCUGCAGAUGUAUUUCUUUAUGGUACUGGCCAUGCUGGAUGACUUCCUGUUGGCUGUGAUGGCCUAUGAUCGCUAUGUGGCCAUUUGCCUUCCUCUGUACUACACCACUAUCAUGUGUCCCCAAAGAUGCCUAUUUCUGGUGGUCGUAUCCUGGCUCUGCUCCAACCUCCUGGCCUUUCCUCUCACACUCCAGAUGGCUCAGGCCUCCUUCUGUGCCUCCCAUUCCAUCCCACACUUUUUCUGUGAUCUUCUCCCACUCCUCAAGCUUGCUUGCUCAGACACCCAGACCCUUCAGCUCAUGAUGUUUGCUGAAGCUGCCCUCUCCGGCGUGGUCCCUCUCACCUGUGUCCUGGUAUCUUAUGCCCACAUCACGCACACCAUCCUUAAGAUCCCCUGUGCUAAGGGAAAGCAUAAAGUCUUCUCUACCUGUGGCUCACAUCUGGCUGUGGUCACUCUGUUCUAUGGAACUGUCUUUCUGGUGUAUUUCCAGCCAUCAUCCUCCUACUCUGCAGACACUGGAAUAAUGGCAUCCAUUGUUUAUACAAUGGUCACUCCCAUGCUCAACCCUUUUAUCUACAGCUUGAGGAACAAGGACAUGAAGGGAGCUUUGUGGAAACUUGUUGGCUUAUAA